UUUAGACACAAAUAUAACUUUUAUGUAAAUGUGAGACGGUCCAAAUUCAUUCAUGUGUAAAUCCUGACUGAGUCAAAAACAGCAGGACACCAGAGUCUCAUAACAGCCACAGUGACAUGAACAUUGUCUGAACAUUUUUUACCUUGGUUAAAUUUGUAUUCUCAGAUUAAAUAUUUGUUAAAUAAAAUGGGGAUUGCAGCAAUCGUUGUUCUCUGCAGCUUUGCAGUGGGUAUAACUCAGAGUCAGGUCACUCUAAAUGCGGACAACCCCUUCCAGAGUGUGCCCCUCUCUAGCAAAGCUGACCUGGAGUGCUGCUAUGCCGCCCCUGAGAAGUCACUGAAAUCCUACUGGGUCAAAAGUUUUCAAGGUGCCAAUAAAAACAGAGGCCCACAAGAUGUGGGUCUUUCAGACAAUGUGACUGCAUGGGACACGACUAAAGAUGGGAUGCGCUGUAGCACCCUAACCCUUAAAUCAGUCCGGCUGAGUGACACCGGCCUGUACCAGUGUUUGCUGAGCAACAGUCAGGUCAAGGUCUUCUCUCGUGGCACCUACCUGAUUGUCUACAAACCACUGAAGAAGACACUGAAUAUCAGCGAAAGCAGCAAAAACAAGAUCCUGAUAGCUGAGGGAAUCUUGCUGUUCCUGUGUGUGCUGUUGCCGUCGGCCAGCCUUCUCUUCAAGUCAAAUAACUUACAUAAACUAGAGAAGAAGAAAGCGAUGAGGGAAGAGGAAAACAUAUAUCAGGGGCUCAAUCUGGAAGACUGUUGCUCCACAUACGAUCAGAUCGAGCGGUCCCAGGCACACGGCCCAUACCAGGACGUGUGCAACUUUAUGGAGGAAGAGGAGGAGAUCCAGCUGGAGAAACCCUGAGGGAAGAAAAGGGAGAGACAGAGGAGGGGAAGGAAGAAAAAAAGUGUGGAAUCUAUUUUCAGAGCUUUUUUAAACAUAUAGCCUGCAGCUAAACUUUAAACAACAUAUUAUUUAAUCAGCUUUUGACCUCAGAAAUAAAUGUUGCUAAUCUGAGCUUUUCAUGUGGCACAUGGUCUGCCUCAGGGAAUUAGGUUAUUACUCAACUGUAAAACCAAGAUGUACCAAAAGUACUUAAAGUUUUAAGAGCGACAGUUUCAUCACAACAGCUUUAUCAAGUUCAUUAAAGAAAUACUAGACUUUAUAUAAAGUCUAUCUUCAUUUAAUUCAACGCCUUAUUUGGCAUCGCACAGUGUACAAGGAUACAGUUAGAAACCUACAGACAUGUAGACACACUAAAGUCUUUAGUUACAGUAUACAUGAAAAUAACAUACAGAUAAUUAGUGUUGAGCGAUAUGGCCAAUAUUGAUCCAGAUAAAAGUUUUUAUGUCAGUCGAUAUCGAUAAUUAUAACAAUUAUUAUAUGUUAUUAUUUCUUGUGAGUUUUAAGAUCUUAGAAAGACAAACACCUGACAACAGCAAAACAUUUUUACAAAUCUGAAGCAGAUCAAUUUUGUGUCAAACCUCAAGUUUUCGCAUAACGUAUAAACAAUAUAUCCAUCUCCAGUGGACUUUUCUUGUGUCGCAAUCGAUGAAAUAUUGUAAUAAAUAUAAAUAUUGUUUUGUGUGUAGCUUAUUCCAUACAUUUUACGCAUGCC